GUUCAGCACACAUGCAACCAUAUCUUCGUGGCAACUAACUUGUAAGUAAAAAUUUGCACCGACUGAUCACUAGCUAACACGAUGGUCGCCGGCAGCAUCACCGAGGAGGUUGCCAUGGCCGCGCCGGCCGAGCUGGUGUGGAAGGCGAUCUUCGAGACCUGCGACGAGUCCUCCCUGCGCAACCUGCUGUCCGGCGUGAUCGACGGCGUCGUGAAGGUCGACGGCGACGGCGGGCCCGGGAGCCGCUACACCCUCAAGUUCAGCCCCGCCGUCAGCGCAGCGCCGGUGCUCCUCAAGUGCCGGCUGGCGGCGCGCGACAACGCGGCGCGCGCGAUUACCUUCGACGAGGUGGCGGCGGAGGGCGGCGAGGUGGCGCCGGCGGCACAGCUCAAGUCGCAGGUGGUCCAGUUCAAGGUGGAGCCCGCUGGCGCCGGCGGCUGCGUGAUCAAGAUCGCCGUGGAGUCGGAGCGCCCCGACGGCACGCCGGUGUCGCUGGCGGACGACCAGGCCAAGCUGACCAAGCUCGUCGUCCACCUCAUCAAGAAGGUGGAGGGGAAAAUCGUGCCGAGCCCCCAGUGCGCCUGAUGAGCUGGCCCGAAGCUCAGAUGAUCCACCACAAGACUGCCGCGCGCCAUUAUAUAAUAAGAAUAAGAAUCGAUAGCACGGUAGUAUGAUCUAUCGAUGCAUGACCACCCCGUUUGCGUUCUGUUGUGUUUCCAGUACAUAUAAAUAUAUAUAAUAACCAAAGGAAGUGAGAUCCUUUGUUUUGUUUC